AUGAUCUGCAUCAAGCCCGACGCUGAAGCCAUGUCUGUUGGUCUCCUCCUCUGGCAGGCUCCAUCUCUUUUGCUGGCCCCGCUGUCCCAUCUGUCCCAUCGCCCAGAGACGAUCAAGAACUCGGCGGAAAAUUCUGACCGAGACAAGCCUUGGGAAGCUUUGCAUACAGAGGUUAACUUACACGAGCCUGUGACAACGGAUGGAAACCCGCAACCUUACCGAGACCCCAGAGUCCAAGUCCUUGAACCUCAUCCUUGGGGUAGGCAGUAUGCCAAGGCAUUGGAGAGGCUCAGCCUCAGUGUCAAACCCGACCAUGGUGCGGUUCUUUGGACUCCUCACACCAUAACCACAACAACCCCUGGCAUCUUGCCUGUCAGUGUUCUGGAAGCCGUGGCCAUCGAGCUUGACCUGAGGUAG